AUGAUUAAGAAAAAUAAAAACUUGAAUGAAGUGAAAUCUGAGCUAAAAAAAAAGGAGAAAGAAAUAGAAGAGAUUAUAAAGUUUAUUGAGGAUAACAACAGCACCAUGUCAGAUUACAACCUCAUUGACAACCACAGAGAACUGUCGAAAAAUCUGUCUGGUCAGGAUGUUGAAAUAAAGAACUGUAAACAUUCAGUGAGAUACAGAAAAAGAGAAAUCAGUGAUGAGGUGUUGGAGAAUAUGAUAGGAAAAACUCAGGAUUUAGACAAAAUCAGUUUGACUGAAACAAACUCAUUUAAAUAUGAAGGUAAAUUAAUAAUGAUAGUGAGAGCAAUCUGUGAAGAUCAUUGUUACAUAGGAGAUAUAGAGUCAUUUUAUAUUGAACAUGUAAACAACAGAGGUGAGAAAAAACAUAAAAGUAAUAUCUGUCCUAAUGACAUGUGUGUGACUGAUACUGAUGAUGUUUAUUUUACUGACUUUGAUAACAAAACCAUCAGAUGUCUGUUAUCAUCAGGAUCUGUUUCUACAGUUAUCAGUACAGAUCCACUGUUACCAAUAGGAAUCUGUCAGUCGGUGGACGGUGGACUAUUAGUCACCUUGAAAGACCUGGAAUCAAAUGAUUAUAAAUUAGAGCGACACAACAGACGUCUGGUGAGACACAUCACAGUGACAGGUGAUGUCAUCCAUGAGUAUGAAUACCAGGAGGACGGUCAGACAAGACUGUUCACAGUGCCACUCAGAGUCAUACAGAACAGGAAUGGUGAUAUCUGUGUUGUGAACCUUACAAGUGACCAUACAGGUGAACUAGUGAUUAUGUCUCCCUCUGGUCGUAUCAAGUCUAUCUACCGUGGACAGAACCUGACAAAGGACUUUAAACCAAUUGAUGUAGCGUGUGACACCGUCUGUAACAUUCUUGCUACUGACUUUAACAGCAAACAGAUCCAUCUUUUGAGUCCUGACGGAGAGUUCUUAAAGUUCUUACUGACAGAGAAUGAAGUGAACUAUCCAUUCAGAUUAUCGCUAUAUAACUCUACAUUGUGGGUGGGAUAUAAGGGAGGACUUGUCAAAGUUUUUCAGUAUAUACUGCUAUGUGCUUGA